AUGGCGAAAACGACGGGAAUUUUGGACAAGUCGUUGAGCCGCGGCAAGACGGAAAUCAAUCUGUCGACGUUCGCGGUGCUGUUCUCGGAGAUGGUGCUGUACGCGCAGAACCGAUCGGAGACGGUGACGGACAUCCACGACAAGAUCGCUUCGUACGGGAAGCAGGUCGGACUGCGCAUGUUCGAUAUUAUCACUUUGCGCGAGAAGGGCUACAAACGGGAGACGAAAUUGCUCGGAAUGCUCAUGUUCAUCAAGUCGACCGUCUGGAAGAAUCUGUUCGGGAAAGAGGCCGACAAGUUGGAGCGGUCCAACGACGAUCAUUGCACUUGUACGCAGCUCUCUUUUUUUCGCUUGAAUUUUGCUAGAAUUAACUCAAAAAGUGUUAAGAUUCAUCGAAAAUUUUUCAAAAUUACAGACCUGCUAAUCGAGAAGGAUCCACUGAUGAAUACGUACAUUUCGGUGCCACGAGACAAAGGAGUGCUCAAUUGUGCGGCGUUCGCCGCCGGAAUCGUCGAGGCCAUCCUGGAGGUAAUUUCGAGAACGGCAGUGCGCUCUAUUGAUAAAUUGUGUGUUGCAGAGUGCCUCGUUCAAGUGCAAAGUGACCGCUCAUUGGCACAACGGCACCGCCUACGUGAUACAGUUCGACGAGUCGGUGAUCGCGCGAGAGAACGCGUUGCUCGACUCGAACCGAUAA